AUGAGCAGUGGAACACGUAACAUAACAAAUGAUUCUGAUAAAGAAAAUAUGAUGGAUGUGAACGAACGUAAUCAAAUGGAGGAGGACACCUCCAGCUACUUUGACAAAAAAACUUAUGAUCCUGACCAGGACAAGGAUGAAAAGCGAUGGUUACGCAGAGAAUAUAGAACUCUAAUAACCGAAACUGAAGAAAGGAGGCAAGACUACUUAAGGUCGGAAUCAAAUGGCCUUUCGCAAAACAUAGUAAAGGCAAAUGAAUUGGUUCAAAAAGUUAAAAAUACGCACGAAGCCACCCUUGAUUCGCGUCUUCUCGUGCUAACUAGUGAUUUAGGCGUUCAAAAGGCACGUCUUAUGAAAUUGGAUAGUAAUAUGUUUGACGCAGAUGAUUAUAUAUCAAAGUUAAUUACUUUGAUGGGUGGCAGACAAGUUAGCGACGAAGAAGAGCCAACAUUAAAUUGGAAGGAAGUUGGAGAAAUCGCUUCUCAUUAUACUCAACGUGUUCCUACGCAAAAAGAACGUAAAUCAGGGAUCCGACAGAACUUGGUAAAGGAUAAAAAAGAAAUGACGAUGCCUAAGCAGUUGGGUGAAAAGGACAUCGAAAGACAAGAAAAUGAAACGACGAGAAAUGUUAUUAUGAUUUGGGAAAUUCUUAAUGAGAAACAGCCCAUAAAUUUUUUUGAAUUUGUCAUUAACCCAGAAUCAUUUGGGCAAACCGUAGAAAAUAUAUUCUAUUUGUCAUUCUUGGUACGCGAUGGGAAAGUGUCUAUCGAUGAUGAUGAAGGUCAACCCAUUUUGUCAUUAUGCGAACCUCCUACUGCUGAAGAUUAUAAUAAUGGACUAUUAAAGAAACAACUUAUCAUGGGGAUAGAUAUGAAUACGUGGAGGGAAUUGAUCGAAGUAUAUGACAUUAGACAAACUGCAAUUCCAACGCGGAAAUCCCGUGAAAAGACCACUGGAAAGUGGUAUGGUUAA